AUGGGAUACGAACACUUUGUCGUGAUCCUUGAUGUUUUUCGAAAACACGGCGGAGAAAUAAAAUGUUAUAUCUGUCAAAUAACUUCCAAGGCAGGAGACGAGAAAUACAAACAUUUAGAUAAACGAAUCCUAAUCAAAGGAGCCUCCGCACGACCAAACUUGUCACUAGAGAAAGUAUAUCUCGAGAAAGGAUACAUGGGUAAAAGAUCUUAUAUUCGUGUAAGCCAUGUUUUCGAGAUUCCCUCUUCGCUAUUGAAACCAACGAGAAGGAGCAAUCAGGAUCAGGUGUACUAUAAGAGGCUCUUGAAAGAGAGCUAUUAUCGGUUAAUGCAGGAAUUCGAUCUGAAGCCGGGUGUAUUCGAAGAUACGUGGUUUGUGAUUCAGUUUGGAGCAACGAUUCGCACUGAAGAUUCCGAACUACCACGGAACGGUGUCAGCAGUGGGGAGCUGGGAACACGACUUCUGGAUCGUGAAUCGUCUGUAUUUGCAUCAUCCAACGCGCCUAGUCAGGCCUUGAUAGCGCUUUCCUCGUCAACUUCUCAGCCAAUCUUCAACUUCUCGGAUCUUCAAUAUUUUACAAUUCUUUCGGCUCUUGAUACACCAUCUACGCACGCAUCGAUCUCCACAUUGCCGGUCAGGGGAUCAAUAACCGAGCAGAACAGUGACGGAAACGAGAAUUCUACAUCGCCUUGCCAACUUGAAGCAUCUGAGAUGGCUCUGCUAGAAUCACAGCCUGUACCAAACAACUCCUCAAACCCCACCAAAUCACCACCGAGCCCCCUCACACACCCUCCCAACUACACCAGUUCCGCCAUCCUCCCCCUCUCGAUCUCAAAAAAGCCCUCACCCUCCUCUCAACCCCCCUCUCCCGCUUCCCCCACUACCUUCUCAAAGCCAUCCUCUUCAUCGGCACCCAACCCUGGGGAAAAUUUUGUCUCUAUUCUCUCGUUCUGCUUGCAUGCUACUACACCGGAACACUUAAAUUUGGAUUCCUAG